AUUCGGUGUCUCUGGGUUCAGGAAUCAUCAGGCAGCAGAGAGGACUUGCUCCUCAGCCCCCAUCUCUGCCCCCACCCCUACCCCGGUAGGCCACCGAGUGAGGUCCAUGGACUGGGGAGGGCCGUGCCUGACGGCUUCUGUGUCUGUCCAUGAGGGCCUGGAGCCCUGACCCUCCUGUCUAGGUUUCUGCCUUUUCUCUCUGUCUUUGGCCCACUGGGGGAGGGGGUAGAGGCCGGGUGAGCAGCAUGGCCCAGAGCAAGAGGCAUAUGUACAGCCGGACGCCCAGUGGCAGCAGAAUGAGUGCCGAGGCAAGCGCCCGACCUUUGCGAGUGGGCUCCCGUGUAGAGGUGAUUGGAAAAGGCCAUCGAGGCACUGUGGCCUAUGUUGGAGCCACACUCUUUGCCACUGGCAAGUGGGUAGGCGUGAUCCUGGAUGAAGCAAAGGGCAAGAAUGAUGGAACUGUCCAAGGCAGGAAGUACUUCACUUGUGAUGAAGGGCAUGGUAUCUUUGUGCGCCAAUCCCAGAUCCAGGUAUUUGAAGAUGGAGCAGAUACUACUUCCCCAGAGACACCUGAUUCUUCUGCCUCAAAGGUCCUCAAAAGAGAGGGAACUGACUCAGCUGCGAAGGCCAGCAAACUGCCCACCCGCCCAGCCAGUACUGGGGUGGCUGGGGCCAGUAGCUCCCUGGGCCCCUCUGGCUCAGCAUCAGCAGGUGAGCUGAGCAGCAGUGAGCCCAGCACCCCAGCUCAGACUCCCCUGGCAGCACCCAUCAUCCCCACACCGGCUCUCACCUCUCCUGGAGCAGCACCCCCGUUGCCUUCCCCCUCCAAGGAGGAGGAGGGGCUGAGGGCCCAAGUACGGGAUCUGGAGGAGAAACUGGAGACCCUGCGGUUGAAACGGGCAGAAGACAAGGCAAAGCUAAAAGAGCUGGAGAAACAUAAGAUCCAGCUGGAGCAGGUGCAGGAAUGGAAGAGCAAAAUGCAGGAGCAGCAGGCGGACCUGCAACGACGCCUCAAGGAGGCGCGGAAGGAAGCCAAAGAGGCACUGGAGGCGAAGGAACGUUACAUGGAGGAGAUGGCUGACACUGCUGAUGCCAUCGAGAUGGCCACUCUGGACAAGGAGAUGGCUGAAGAGCGGGCUGAGUCCCUGCAGCAGGAGGUGGAGGCAUUGAAAGAACGUGUGGAUGAGCUCACCACUGACUUAGAGAUCCUCAAGGCUGAGAUUGAAGAGAAGGGCUCAGAUGGGGCAGCGUCCAGUUAUCAGCUCAAGCAGCUCGAGGAGCAGAAUGCCCGCCUAAAGGAUGCCCUGGUGAGGAUGCGGGAUCUUUCUUCCUCGGAGAAGCAGGAGCAUGUGAAACUCCAGAAGCUCAUGGAAAAGAAGAACCAAGAGCUGGAAGUUGUGAGGCAACAGCGGGAGCGUCUGCAGGAAGAGCUGAGCCAGGCGGAGAGCACCAUCGAUGAGCUCAAGGAGCAGGUGGAUGCUGCUCUGGGUGCUGAGGAGAUGGUGGAGAUGCUAACAGACCGGAACUUGAAUCUAGAAGAGAAAGUGCGAGAGUUGAGAGAGACCGUGGGGGACUUGGAAGCGAUGAAUGAGAUGAACGAUGAGCUGCAGGAGAAUGCGCGCGAGACAGAACUGGAGCUGCGGGAGCAGCUGGACAUGGCGGGCGCGAGGGUUCGGGAGGCCCAGAAGCGUGUAGAAGCAGCUCAGGAGACUGUUGCAGACUACCAGCAAACCAUCAAGAAGUACCGCCAGCUGACCGCCCACCUUCAGGAUGUGAAUCGGGAACUGACAAACCAGCAAGAAGCAUCUGUGGAGAGGCAGCAGCAGCCACCCCCGGAGACUUUUGACUUUAAAAUCAAGUUUGCUGAGACUAAGGCUCAUGCCAAGGCAAUUGAGAUGGAAUUGAGGCAGAUGGAGGUGGCCCAGGCCAACCGUCACAUGUCCCUGCUUACAGCCUUCAUGCCAGACAGCUUCCUUCGGCCAGGUGGGGACCAUGACUGUGUCCUGGUGCUGCUGCUCAUGCCUCGUCUCAUUUGCAAGGCAGAGCUGAUCCGGAAGCAGGCCCAGGAGAAGUUUGAACUAAGCGAAAACUGUUCAGAGAGGCCUGGGCUCCGAGGAGCUGCAGGGGAGCAGCUCAGCUUUGCUGCCGGGCUGGUGUACUCACUGAGUCUAUUGCAGGCCACACUCCACCGCUAUGAGCACGCCCUCUCUCAGUGCAAUGUGGACGUGUAUAAGAAGGUUGGCAGCCUCUACCCUGAGAUGAGUGCCCACGAGCGCUCCUUGGAUUUCCUCAUUGAGCUGCUACACAAGGAUCAGCUGGAUGAGACUGUCAACGUAGAGCCUCUCACUAAGGCCAUCAAGUACUACCAGCAUCUGUACAGUAUCCAUCUUGCUGAACAGCCCGAGGACAGUACCAUGCAGCUGGCUGACCACAUUAAGUUCACCCAGAGUGCCCUUGACUGCAUGAGCGUAGAAGUGGGACGGCUGCGUGCCUUCUUGCAGGGUGGACAGGAGGCUUCAGAUAUUGCCCUCCUGCUCCGGGACCUGGAGACAUCAUGUAGUGACAUCCGCCAGUUCUGCAAGAAGAUCCGAAGGCGAAUGCCAGGCACAGAUGCUCCUGGGAUCCCAGCUGCACUGGCCUUUGGACCACAGGUGUCCGACACACUCCUAGACUGCAGGAAACACUUGACGUGGGUGGUGGCUGUGCUGCAGGAGGUGGCAGCUGCUGCCGCCCAGCUCAUUGCCCCACUGGCAGAGAAUGAGGGACUGCCUGUGGCUGCCCUGGAGGAGCUGGCUUUCAAAGCAAGCGAGCAGAUCUAUGGGACCCCCUCCAGCAGCCCCUAUGAGUGUCUGCGCCAGUCGAGCAACAUCCUCAUCAGUACCAUGAACAAACUGGCCACGGCCAUGCAGGAGGGAGAGUAUGAUGCAGAGCGGCCCCCCAGCAAGCCUCCCCCAGUUGAGCUGCGGGCUGCAGCCCUUCGUGCAGAGAUCACUGAUGCUGAAGGCCUGGGCUUGAAGCUUGAAGAUAGAGAGACAGUUAUCAAGGAGUUGAAGAAGUCACUCAAAAUCAAGGGGGAGGAACUAAGUGAGGCCAACGUGCGGCUAAGCCUCUUGGAGAAGAAGCUGGACAGUGCUGCCAAGGAUGCAGAUGAGCGCAUCGAGAAAGUCCAGACUCGCCUGGAGGAGACCCAGGCACUGCUGCGGAAGAAGGAGAAAGAGUUUGAGGAGACGAUGGAUGCACUCCAGGCUGACAUUGACCAGCUAGAGGCAGAGAAGGCAGAGCUAAAGCAGCGGCUGAACAGCCAGUCGAAGCGCACGAUUGAGGGGCUCCGGGGGCCCCCUCCCUCGGGUAUUGCUACCCUGGUCUCUGGCAUUGCUGGUGGAGGCACCCCCGGGCAGGCUCCAGGGUCUGUUGCAGGCCCUGGGCUGGUGAAGGAUUCACCCCUGCUGCUGCAGCAGAUCUCUGCCAUGAGGCUGUAUAUCUCUCAGCUACAGCAUGAGAAUAGCAUCCUCAAGGGAGCCCAGAUGAAGGCGUCCUUAGCAGCCCUGCCCCCCCUGCAUGUGGCAAAGCUCUCACCCCAUGAGGGCCCUGAUAGUGAGCUAACAGCUGGAGCGCUGUAUCGUAAGACCAGCCAGCUGUUGGAGACGUUGAAUCAACUGAGCACGCACACCCACGUAGUAGAUAUCACUCGUACCAGCCCUGCUGCCAAGAGCCCGUCGGCCCAGCUCCUGGAGCAGGUGGCUCAGCUCAAGUCCUUAAGUGACACCAUCGAGAAACUCAAGGAUGAGGUCCUUAAGGAGACCGUAUCUCAGCGCCCUGGAGCCACGGUCCCCACUGACUUUGCCACUUUCCCUUCAUCAGCCUUCCUCAGGGCCAAGGAGGAGCAGCAGGACGACACUGUCUACAUGGGCAAAGUGACCUUCUCGUGCGCAGCUGGCCUUGGACAGCGACACCGGCUGGUGCUGACCCAGGAGCAGCUGCACCAGCUUCAUGGUCGCCUCAUCUCCUAAGUGCUCCUUCUCCUCUCCCACACCCACCCCUUGCCCCAUCCACUUCUACUCUCAGCCCUCCUGGUGCCAUUCUGCCUGAUGCACAGCCACCUCAGUUAGUCCCCAUUGUAGAACCGUGUGUGUACAGCUGUUCCUGCCCUACUCAGCUUCACUUCUGCCAGUCAGUGCCCUGCUCCUGCCCCUCGACUUGGGUUCCCCUAUUUCCAUUCCCUGGCCUCUGCCAGAAUUUGCUGUUCAGCUGCUCCCUCCUUCCUGAGGGGCCUCAGGGCAUGUGGGGGGUAGGCUGAGACCCCACCACCAAAGGUUCAGUGAGGUCCCCCUGAUAGAGGACUUCACCCCUUGAUUAAAGCAACUUCUGCUUCA